GUGGCAGCAGUAACAGUGGUAAAAAAUGAAUGAUGACGUUUUGUGGAAGUUAGUGGGUGUUUGGGAGGUGCUUGGUGUUUUCGGGGUUGGUGCAGAUGAAGUGUUAGUGCCAGUGAUGGAGGGAGAUUCAGUCACUUUAAACACUGAUGUUAAAACAAACCAACAAGAAACAAUUAAAUGGUAUCUUAAUGACUUUCAAAUUGUUCAAAUCAAUGGACAUCAGAGUGAGAUCUGUACAAAUGUUCAGUGUGCGCAGAGAUUGAAAGACAGACUGAAGCAGGACCAUCAGACUGGAUCUCUGACCAUCAUGAACAUCAGAUCAACAGACUCUGGACUCUAUAUCUUAGAGAUCAUCAACAGUGGGAGCCACAGUGAACAUAUAUUCAAUGUUAAUGUCUAUGAGGUUUCUCCUGUUAAGCAAGAUAAAAUGAAAAGGAAGUCAGUGAUGGAAGGAGAGUCUGUCACUUUAAAUACUGGAGCAAUAAACAUCCCAAAUGAUUUGCUGAUGUGGUAUUUUAAUAAAUGUCCCUUUGCUGAAAUCACUGGAGACCAGAGUACGAUCUUUAAAGAUGAACAGUGUGAAGAGAGAUUUAGAGACAGACUGAAGCUGAAUCAAAAUGGAUCUCUGACCAUCAUAAACACAAGAACCACAGACUCUGGAUUAUAUCAUCUACAGAUCACCAGCAGCAGCUUCAGUAUUAGCAGAACACCAAUUGUAUUAACUGUCAUUGCUUUUAGUUUGUCUACAGCUACUGUAGCAGGAAUAUGUGCUGCCGUUGUUCUAGUGCCUGUAGCUGCAGCUACUGUUACUGUUACUAUUGCAAACACCUAGCAGGAAGAAGAGAAUAGUGUCACUGCCAGCGAGGGAGAUUGGGAUACAAAGCCCCAAAACCACUAGACACGUUGCCUGUUAUCCGCUCCCUGCUGUUAAACGUUUACACAUAAUUGUGUGUGUGUGUAUAUAUCUGACUCCAGCUUGUAAGCUUAUGGUUUUUCGUUUUUCUCUUCUUUUCUUUUUUUCUUGAAUGCUUUUACCAGCAAAACCAUUUGCUUGAUGCACUGGUCAAUUCUGAGAUUUUGCUUCACUGGUCAACUUUGAGAGUCUUCUUUCAGACCAGUGGAACACAAACA